AAUCAGCAGCAAAAUGUAUAAUCUGUGAUGGACACUGUAUUAAAUCUGGGAUUAGAUAUCAGUGCACAUUACCAACCUCGUCUGCGAUACCUUCUUCAACAAUCGACGUUGUCAAUAUUACCCAUUCACCAUUAACAUCUCCAUUCAUGAAAUCUGUUUUUAACCAAAGCACAUCAUCAGAACCCACUACAUUGUAUCAAAAUACCUCAACUUCAUCUUCAUUGUUUUCAAAUGUCACUGCAAGCCAUGGCAUCAGUUUAGAGACGACCAAUAUAUCUGAAGUUACACAAGUAACUACCCCAGUUACAACAGUUGUUUUCACAUCAACAGGGACAACCAGAGAAACUAUUACUUCGAUGAAGGAAACUAACGUCAUUGAUCUAGAAAGGUCAUCGACCAACGUCUCUCCAUCAAAUAGUGCAACUACUACUAAAGACUCAAUCUUAACUUCCACAAUAACAACCGAAAGACCUUCAGAAGUAACUACACCGACCCAUUUAACUCGAAUUAUGCAGACUACACAGAGUACAAAAGGAUCUACAAAAACGGCCACAAUUAUAAAGACCAUUCCACUUUCGGUCUCAACUAGAAUAGCGAUUACAUCAACAACUGCACCAUCUUCGUUCAAAGCAACUACACCAUCUUCUACUUCAAUCAAAACCACUUUUCCAAAUACAAGGGCAACACCAAUUGAAACCCUAGAAACAACUACUCCAAUCACAGCCAGAACAACUAUUCCAUCUUCAGGUAGAACAACUAUUCCAUUAACCAACACCAUAAUCACUACACCAACCAUAAUAACGUACCCAUCUACAACCAGAACAACCAUGCCAUUUAGAACUACAACCGGAACAACAACUCCAUCUAAAACUAUAACCCAAGUAACUACACCUACUACAGCUAGAACAACUAUUCCGACGACAACAAGCAAGAUCACUACACAAACUACAACCCGAACAGUACCUCUUUCUACAACUACAGCCAGGACAACUAUUCCAUCUACUACUACAACCCAUGUCACUACACCAACUAAAAGCCAAGUAACUACACCUACUACAACUAGAACAACUAUAACAACUAUUCCAUCUACUACUACAACCCAGGUAACUACACCAACUAAAAGCAAAGUAACUACACCUACUACAACUGGAACAGCUAUUCCACCAAGAACAAGGAAGAUCACUAGAAAAACUACAACUCAUCCAAGGCUUUCUUCUACAACUACAGACAGGACACCCAUUCCAUUCAAAACUACAACAAAAGUAACAACACCAACUAAAAGCCAAGUUACUACACAUACUACAGCUAGAACAACUAUUCCAUCUUUUUUUACAAUUACAACCAGAACAACCAUUCCACCUACUACUGCAACCCAGGUAACAACACCUACUACAACUAGAACAACUAUUCCAUCAACAACAAUCCAGACCACUACACAAACUGCAAUCCUAACAACACCUCCGUCUACAACUACAGCCAGAAAAACCAUUCCAUCUACUACUACAACCCAGGUAACUACACCAACUAAAAGCCAAGUAACUACACCUGCUGCAACUAGAACAACUAUUCCACAAACAACAAGCCAGGCCACUACACAAACUACAAUCCGAACAACACCUCCGUCUACGACUACAACCAGAACAACCAUUCCAUCAACUACUACAACCCAGGUAACUACACCAACACAGCGCCAAGUAACCACGCCUACAACAGCUAGAACAACUAUUCCAUCUACUACUACAACCCAGGUAACUACAUCAACAAAAAGCCAAGCAACUAGAACUACUACAACUGGAACAACUAUUCCAUCUACUACUGCAGCCCAGGUAACUACACCCACUAAAAGCCAAGUAACUGGUACGAAGACUAAUACUAGUACAACCAGAAAAACGCCACCACCAAGAACUGAAACGAGUUACAGAUCUAAGACCGCAACCACAUUGCAAAUAGCAACAAAACCAGAAGUGGAAACGACAACGACUGCAACAGAGACAAAAUCAAUGUUAUAUAUGAAGAUGUAUCUGGAUAAAACAUUUGUGCCAGCAUACAAUGAUGCAAAUUCAACUGAAUUUCAACAACUCGGUAAUCAGGCGGAAAGUGCUAUAUCUAAAGAAUUGAAUAUUACGAAUAUAAGCGAAAUUAAAGUUUGGCGAAUAUGGUCCGGUAGUCUAAUAAUCGAUUAUAAUAUAACACUAAAAGCUGCUAGAAAUACAUCAAGUUGCCAGAAUGGAACUGCCUGUUAUUCAAUAGCAGUACAACUCAAGGCUUUAGAGGCGCGAUCUUGCAUAUAUUUGGGUGAUAACUGUGUAAAAUUUACGGCACCGAUCUACCUGACUAAUAACGCCGUAGAUGUAGCUGUAACACCUAAUAUAAGUCAUGCAGUCCAGUGUAUUAUAUGUGGUGGAAUAUGUGUAUAUGACAGAAUUAAAACCUCAUUUUACUGUCAUAUCAAGGACGCAGGUUUAACAGAUAGAACUUUAGAAUUAGCGCUUGGUUUGGGCAUAGGCAUAGCUUUGGCUGUUUUCAUCUUGAUGGUGGUAGUUAUUUUAAGCGUAUGCUUACAUAGAGCGAAAUUAAAUCAGAAACGAAGAGAUCCUUUAUCCCCGGCUUUUGAAACCCUUUGUACUGAAUAUAAUCCACGAAGUCAAAGAAUUGGCAGUCAACCCAAUCGGGGUAAAAGUAGAAGUGUUAAUCUGUACCAGAGUAGACGGGGACAACUAAGUCAGGGAAGAAAUAAUUUAAGAAAUCAGAGCAGAAAUAAACGGCAAGGCAUACAUAGAGACGGUGGUAUUAGCGAUGAUGAUUGGUCACAGACUAUGAACAGUCGUUAUAUCAAAGAUCUGGAUAAGAUUAAAAACACAAGACAGUAUUAUGAUGAAGAGAAAAAUAUUAGUGGUCAAUCCGGAAUACUGAAAAGUGGCAGUCGGAAGUUCGAAUAUAAUAUUGCAGGUACAACAGUUGGUAGUAGUUCUGGUCAGAGUUGGAACUUUCCAAAAAUAUCCAAUAUCCCAUUCACCUGGGAUUUUCUGUUUGAUGUCUUGAAUCCAGAAGAAGAGUUUCGAAUUAAGAGACCACAAGUUGAAGUUGGACCAACGGAAGCCUUUCUUCCACCGCCCGUUCAAGGAAGAAGAUGUUAGUAAUGACCAACAAAUUAGCAUUGGUUGCGGUGUUAUUAUAUAUUUUUAUGCAAAUAUGACUUUACUAAUGGAUCUUAAUUUUAUGUGCUACUCGUAUCAUUUCAUACCCAAACAACAUCUAUGUUUAUACAUUAUGACAAUUGCAUAUUUUUGUUUUAUAUGUCGAUAUCAUUGUUUUAGUAAACAUUAUCAAUUCAGAUGUACAGUAGAUACAUAAUUAUUUAUUUCAGAAGCCAAAUAUUUGAAUGAGUCUUAUCAUUGUUUGAUCAAGCUAUAUGUUAUAUGAAAUGGUUUUAAAGUAGCUAUAAAAUUGUUUCACACCAAUAUAUGUUUUAAUACUGCUAAGAUAUAUGUCAAUAUUUAUUGUAAAUUCAUAUCAAAGUUGUGUCUUCUUUUUAACCGU